AUGCACAGAAGAACUGAAAGGUUUGCAAUGCCGCAUUCUUCUUCCACAAAUUUUAAGCUUCUCGACUCCCAUCCGAGGGCUCGAGUUGGAUCGAAUACCUCACCCUGUCGUCCACCUGAUUUUUGCGUCCAAACAUUUUCAGAGAGCCGAUGGCUUCACAUAUCGGGACGGUUACUUGAACGAAGUGCUUUUGCAGUUGUAUUUCCGGAGAAUUUAAGUGUUCGGCCUAUUGUCUUAACUUUCUCUCAAGAGGCAGAAUUGGAAAACAUCAAACACCAUAAUGCUCGCACUGGUGUGCAAAGGAUUGAACCAUAUAUAGUUGGCAAAAAUGGAGUAAACCUCAUAUUUCUCUUUGAUGGACCCAUUCGGUACAUAACAACAUCACCAGGGAUAUCGCUGACAAGGAAUUUCAAUGGUCUGUCUAUUUACUGGCCUAAAACGUCGGAACAUGGCGAUAGUGAGCAGUGGUUUUACGCAUCGGGGCACAUGCGAAAGUCUUCUCUACGCCUUAGAGUUCGGCACUGGCAAAGUGCGCAGAACGAAGCAGUAAAGGAUCUCAUUUUUUGGCCUUCAGACUCGAAUUACCCACAAGCCAACUUCUCUUAUAUUCGGCGUGUCUUCUUCCAUCCCAGCCAUGCUCGAGCGUAUAAGUUGACAUCACUUUCUGGUUCUUCCCCUCCACCACCCUUCGUUAUUCCAAUUCCAAUUUUUUUCACUUGUCAGGGAUUUCGUGUUUUGAAAGCGUGUUUAAAAGUGGGAUUCUUCUACUCAAUAAAGAUGCACCAGCUUGGUCUGUUUCAGGCGACGUUUUGGGAAAAGUUGGUGCUAGUCCCUUCGACAAACCUCGCAACCGCCUACCCUUCCGGACUAAUUCUGGAGGUUCCGAGGUUCUGGAAUGUUCCGGCUUGCCUAGUUGGUCGUGCAGUUAUCCUCCGUCGAAGACGGUGA